AUGUUAACUUUAGGGCAGAUGGAUGGUACUAGGCAGAGUGCAUUCCUCCUCAGCAGCCCACCCUUGGCUGCUCUGCACAGCAUGGCAGAGAUGAAAAACCCCUUGUACCCGGCCUAUGCCCUUCCAGGACAGCCUUGUUCAUCCUCUACUUCUUCAUCAUCUUCUUCUUCGUCAUCUUCCUCAUCACCAUCCCCUCCACUGGGUUCCCCAACUCUAAAACACUCUUCUUGCUUAUCUCCUUCCACUGGAGGGCUUUCUUCGUUGGGGACCCCUCCACCCCAAAUUUCAGCAGCCACCCCUCAUGGGAUCAAUGACAUCCUUAGUCGCCCAAUAGUCUCAUGUCUGCCCUCCCUGGCUGGGGCAACUCUUACGCCUUCAACUGCUGUAUCAUCUGCUACUGUUGCUUCUACCACCUCUCCUGCUGGUCUCCUGGCUGGUCUCCCUCGCUUCAGCAGCCUGAGCCCCCCUCCUCCUCCACACCAUGGGCUUUACUUUAGUCCCAGUGCUGCAGCUGUGGCUGUAGCUCGCUACCAAAAACCCAUGACUGAUCUCCCAGGGAGAACCCCGAUCUUCUGGCCCGGAAUGAUGCAGAGCCCCCCAUGGAGAGAUGCUAGACUUGCCUGCGUCGCCCAUCAGGGCUCUGUUUUACUGGAUAAAGAUGGCAAGAGGAAGCACACAAGACCCACAUUCUCAGGACAACAGAUAUUUGCUCUAGAAAAGACAUUUGAGCAGACAAAAUAUUUAGCGGGUCCCGAGAGAGCCAGGCUGGCAUAUUCACUGGGAAUGACUGAGAGUCAAGUCAAGGUGUGGUUCCAGAACAGAAGGACCAAGUGGAGGAAGAAGCAUGCUGCUGAGAUGGCCACAGCUAAGAAGAAGCAGGAUACUGAGACAGAGAGGCUUAAAGGGGUUUCUGAAAACGAAGAGGAUGAUGAUGACUACAACAAGCCCUUAGAUCCUAACUCAGAUGACGAGAAAAUCACUCAGCUUCUGAAGAAACAUAAGUCCAACAGUUCACUGCUCUUGCAACAGUCUGAGAAUGAUAGCUCCUCUUAGAGCUCCGCAGGCAUCCCACGUGACAGGGACAACUAGACUAUUGAAGAGGACCCUAUGUAAUACAAAUGGAUGUGAAGGGCCAGCAAGAUCUACAGAUCUAUAGAUCUUCCUUCUACAUCUUAUGGACUCAUCAAUACACGCAGCACUGCCCAUGGCAACAAAAGACUUUUUAUUUUCUGAGAUGUAUAUAUAUUUUUCUAAACUCUUAAGACAAUGAGGAAAUGGAAGACUUCAAUACAGUUAUCAAUGUACCAGACUGAUGUUUUGUUAUGAUUGAUGGCUGUUCCUGUAUAAAGCAGUUCACAGAAAAUGAAAGGGAAUGAGACCACGAUCUCUUUGGAUGCCAAUAUAAUUCCCUAAUAUAAAUAAAGAAAAUAUAAUAGAUUAAAUAAGACAUAGUCUGCUAAAGAAAUAGCAGGGCUAUGGAAAUAAUCACUAAAUCAAACCCAUGAAGGCUUUUGUAAAUAAUUCCUGAGUCACACUGUCCGGAGGUAACCCCUCUGACUGUUUAAAUGUAAAAUAACUUUCUUUUGUAGAACAAGGGGGCGGAUAAAAUGCACUGGGAGCAAAUGAUAGCUUUUCAAACAUCUGUUCUUUCUCUCUUCUUUUCUUGAUCAUCUCUCCCCCAGUUUCACAAUCUAAUUGCCAACUUUCAUUAGAUGUUCCACUGCUUGUUUGGGGUAUUUAAAACUCACAAUGCUCAACAAACAAAUUGUUGAGUCUCUUUUUAUUUGGCUAUAGGAUAAGGGCAGAAAUUGUGCUAUUUUUUUGUUUUGUUUGUUUUCAAACCGUUCUCAAAUUGUGCGGAGUAGGUUUGUGAUAAAAACAUUUGCAAUAUAAACCCAUGCGGAGCCUAUCAAGUUGUAGCAAUUGUAAAAUUGACUUAUAGGAUAUGUAACUACAGUGAAAUAUUGGCAUCUUAACCUAUAUUAAUUUAUAUUGAAAAAAAAAGUUUCAGUUUGAGGAUUAAGUAAAACUUUGCAGAAUUGUACAGAAUGAAAUGCACUUUUCUUUGUUUUAAACAAGAAAUUUAUUAAUGGCGGUUAAUAAACUCACUGCCUAAAAAAAUGAGGUAUAAAUAAUUUGGUCUUAUGAGAGACCCAAUAAAGUUGUUAACAAAGAAA